GCUGGCACCGGGACACCGGGAGCGGCGGCACGUGACCGCGGCGGGGCACGUGACUGCGCGGGCGGCCGCGCUUUACGGCGCCGCGCGACAGUCCCCGGUGCUGUGCCCUCGGCUCGCCAUGGCGUCCGGCAGCGGGACCAAGAACCUGGACUUCCGCCGGAAGUGGGACAAGGAUGAGUAUGAGAAACUCGCAGAGAAGCGGCUCACGGAGGAGAGAGAAAAGAAAGAUGGCAAACCAGCUCAGCCUGUCAAAAGGGAACUUCUGCGGCACCGGGACUACAAAGUGGACCUGGAAUCCAAGCUGGGGAAAACCAUUGUCAUCACCAAAACUACCCCUCAGUCAGAGAUGGGAGGGUAUUACUGUAAUGUAUGUGACUGUGUGGUGAAGGAUUCCAUCAACUUCUUGGAUCACAUCAAUGGCAAAAAACACCAGAGGAAUCUGGGCAUGUCCAUGCGGGUGGAGCGCUCCACGCUGGACCAGGUGAAGAAACGCUUUGAGGUGAACAAGAAGAAGAUGGAGGAGAAGCAGAAGGAUUAUGACUUUGAGGAGAGGAUGAAGGAACUCCGUGAGGAGGAGGAGAAGGCCAAAGCCUACAAGAAGGAGAAGCAGAGAGAGAAGAAGAGGCGGGCGGAGGAAGAUUUGACCUUUGAAGAGGAUGAUGAAAUGGCAGCUGUGAUGGGGUUCUCUGGUUUUGGCUCAACCAAAAAGAGCCACUGAACAGCUCUGGACUCUCCUCUUUCUCUAAACAGCUUGUUUUUACCCAGGGAACUCUACAUAACUCUUCAAAGACUUGAUUGAGGACUUGUAUGUAAAUCUCCCAGUAGAAGUUGGCUGGAAGAGUUGAAAAGCAAUUCCAUACUCUACCUGUGCUGCAGAUCAAGCUCUGCCUUUCAUUAGCUUCCCUUCUCCUUCUGUGUCCUAGAUCUGGCUGCUCUGUGGCCGUGUGUGUGCAGGGAAGUGCUCUGUUGGGUACAUUUUUUUUUUGUCAAUAAAGUGCACAUUCUGCACAGGUGGCCUGGUUCAGGAUUAAUCUAGUUGUCAGCCAGGCCCUACUUGUCACCCAAGCUGUGUUUGAGAUGCUGGGAGGGAUUCACUUGCUUUUAGGCUCAUAAUGAAGGAAAUGUGCCACAGCAAGCAGUGUGAGAGGUGCGUCUUUAUGGCUUGUGCUGAGCAGAGCUGGUGGCUGCAUGGAGUCUGGGUUGCUGAAACUUUCCUGUGUGUUUUAUCUGCAAGGGAGACUUCCCUCUCUUUCUUUGUGUUUUAGCCCAUAAUUUCAGUAUCUUUAAGGUAGGGGAGAAAUUCCUCCCCAUGACUGCUCUAGGAUAGAGCCAAUGAAAGAAAGGUGUGUACAAUUUGCCAGAAAUAAAUUGAAUGUUUUAAUGGGCC